AUGGAACUGCCGCUACUUUUCCGAACACCGAGGCACUCAUCAACUUCAACUGCAACGACUUCGUUCAGACUUGGCGCUUCGUUUUCUACAACCAGUGAUUUUCUGCUUAGUAGAAGGAGAUUGAGCUUGAGAGAAAAUGGAGUUAACAAGAUUCAAAUACGGUGCAGCAAAGCAUCUACAGAGAGAACGGGUACUAGUGGUGAAGGAAUUGAGGAGAGAGAAAGAAGGAGAUUCACUGGAAGUGCUAUGGAAGUGACUGCAUUUGAUCAGAGCUUUGGUGAUACUACUUCUGACUUUCCUGUCUGGGAGAAAAUCGGUGCUGUUGUUAGACUUAGUUAUGGAAUCGGUAUAUAUGGGGGAAUGGCGCUAGCAGGGAGGUUUAUAUGUUCAAUGACUGGAAUUGAUAGCCUGGGAGGUUUUAAUCCAUCUUUGGAUGCAUUUCUUGAAGGGCUUGGAUAUGCAGCUCCACCAAUCAUGGCCCUUCUUUUUAUACUAGAUGAUGAAGUUGUGAAGUUGUCGCCUCAUGCUCGUGCCAUUAGAGAUGUGGAGGAUGAGGAACUUCGGAACUUCUUUUAUGGGAUGUCACCUUGGCAGUUCAUACUAAUUGUUGCUGCAAGUUCUGUAGGAGAGGAGCUUUUCUAUCGAGCUGCUGUUCAGGGAGCACUGGCUGAUAUAUUUCUAAGGGGCACCAAUUUGAUGGAAGAUGCUCGAGGAAUGGCAUCUCUGACUGGUGUGCUGCCUCCUUUUGUCCCAUUUGCCCAGGCAUUUGCAGCUGUUUUAACGGCCUUUCUUACAGGAUCUCUUUAUUAUGUGGCUACCUCCCCAAAAGAUCCUACUUAUGUAGUUGCGCCAGUUCUGCCAUCGCGCUCUGGUCGUGAAGAUCUGAAAAAGCUAUUUGCAGCCUGGUAUGAGAGGAGGCAAAUGAAAAAGAUCUACUCUCCCCUCCUAGAAGGAAUUUUGGCUCUCUAUCUAGGUUUUGAAUGGAUCCAGACAAAUAAUAUUCUGGCCCCCAUCAUUACACAUGGCAUAUACUCAACUGUUGUCUUGGGGCAUGGCCUUUGGAAAAUACACGAGCAUCGGAGAAGGCUGCGGCGGCGAAUCCUGCAGCUGAAAUCAGAAGAAAUGAACUCAAAUAAAAGAUGA